AUGGCAAAAAACAGAAAAGCAACCAAAAAAUUUCAAAAAAAGCAAUUAAAACAAACAAUAGAGAAGCGACGUAAUGUACAGAAAUUUAAAAAGAGUGUCGAUAGACGACAAUUCAAGAAAAAAUUAUCAGCAACCAAAAAUAGCGAAAACAAAAAGGAAUCUGAAUUGUCCGAAAAUCUACAAACUGAACAAAAACUUUCAGAUAGCGAUGAUGAGUUAGGGUUAAAAGAAAUUAAUGAUCUCGCGCUAUCAGAUUCAAGUAAAGAAACUUUAGAGGAGGAAGGCAUCGAGAACUUUCAAAUUAGUGAUGGAAGCGAAGAAAGUGAUGUAAUUAAUGAUUCAAAGGAUCAAAACAAUAGACAACCAAAAUCCCAUAAACAAAAGCUCUCUUUACAAAAAGAUGUUUUGGAACUUAAGAAACAACUUGAAGAAUUGAAAGAAAAAGAUCCAAAAUUUCAUAAAUAUUUGAUCGAAAAUGAUCAAGAGUUAAUAGAAUUCGAUGUAUCAGAUUUCGAUUCAGACUCAGGAAGUGAAAAGGACUAUAGCAAUGAAGAAAGCAUUGAGGAAAAUAAUGCUGAUAUUAAGGAAGCUGAAAGUAAUAAUAUGGAACUCGAUAGCGAAAAUGAGGAUGUUGAUGAUGAGGAGGAGGAGGAAAAAGCAGCUUUGAGAGAAGCUGGAUUAGACGAUGAUUAUAAUGAGAGAGUUCCGGAAUUAACGUCCGAAAUGAUCGAUAAAUGGAUACUUGCUAUGACUGAGAGCAAUUCUUUGAGCGCUACGCAUGCAUUAGUUUUGGCUUUUCGUGCAGCGGCACACAUUAAUGAAGAUGAGGCCGUUCAAUCUUUUGCAUAUAGAGUAUCUGAUCCAUUAGUAUUUAAUAAUCUCAUGGUAGUUGGCUUAAAGCAUAUUCCCGACGUUUUUGAUCAUCAUUUGCGUGCAAAAGAUUCCGGGAAUCCAAAAUCGAUUUGUGCGCAUCGAAAAUGGAAAUCGAUGCAAACUUUAGUGAAAUCUUUCUUAAAUAGUGUUAUUUUUAUACUUAAACAAUUAACAGAAAAGGAUACAUUAUUUUUUAUUAUCAAAGAAUCAGAAAAGUUAAUCCCUUAUUAUUCGUGUUUUCCAAAAUUGGCGGGUCAAUACUUAAAGGUCUUAUUACAACAUUGGGGAACUUCAGAAGACAAAGUCCGAGUUGUAGCUUUUAUUAAUAUUCGAAAGCUCGCAUUAACCGCACCGUCCCCAUUUAUCGAUCUAUGUCUAAAGGGCAUUUAUUCGACAUUUGUCCAAUAUUGUAAAGAAACUUCUGUAUUUACAAUAACUUCCAUUAAUCUCAUGAGUAAUUGCGCGGUUGAAAUUUUUGGGCUCGAUUUUAAAAGGUCCUAUCAAUCUGCCUUUGGGUAUAUAAGACAAUUGGCUAUUCAUCUUAGAAAUUCCAUGAAUAUGAAAAGUGAGGAAACUUUUAGUGCGGUGUAUAACUGGCAAUAUAUACAUUGUAUAGAACUUUGGUCCAAAGUAUUGGCAACAUAUUGCGACGAACAAAGUGUUGCAUCAACUGGACAAAGUUCUUUACAAGAAUUAAUAUAUCCAUUUGUCCAAGUCUGCAUUGGAACCGGAACAUUUAUUCCGCUUGCACCUUACCUUUUUGAAAUCUUGCAUUCUGCUGAAGUUUGUAGAAAUGCAAAGCCUUCUACAUCGAAACCUUUAGAUUUUACAAUAUAUUUGAAAGCACCAAAAAGCUACCUACGUACAACCGUGUAUCAGGAUGGAGUUUGUGAAGAGCUUACGGAGCUUCUAUUAGAAUAUUACGCGAGUUUUUGUUUAUCAAUAGCGUUCCCAGAAUUAAUAAUACCGGCUGUCUUUCAAAUUAAACGGUUUAUUAAAGCUUCAAAAAAUUUCAAAAUCAAUAAAAAGUUUCAACAAUUAGUCCUAAAGUUGGAAGAAAAUGGAAAAUUUAUUGAACAACAUCGAAAAAAUGUUGAAUUUGGGCCUGGGGAUAUCGAGAAAGCGAAAUCAUUUUUAAGAGAUGUUAGCAAGGAUUCGACACCUCUGGGAUCAUAUGCGAAUACACUUAGGAAAUUAAAAGAACAACGAAGAAAAUUAAUGGAAACCAAUUAA